CCGACCACUUCUUCCGGUUUUCUAGUUAUAAAUUUACUACGAUUCCCUCGUCGCGAACAAUUUUCAGAUGAAGUUGCAGCCACAAGUGUCGAUACGAUGAGUGGUAGUGCGCCGGAGUUCAGACUGAGUGCGACCCUCAAGGGCCACCAAAGUGAUGUUCGAGCCGUCCUCCUUCCCGACCCUUCUUUUGCAGUGACAGCGUCGCGCGACGGCACGACAAAGGUGUGGAAACGAACUUCGACCAGCCCUCCCACCUACGAUCCCACGGAAUCAUCCCAAGGUGCACAGUUCAAGACGUGCUUAGCAUAUGUUCCUCCCUCCAAAGAAUUUCAAGAUGGCCUCAUUCUCUCGUCCGGACAAGACACGCUCAUUGAAGCGAGGCAACCCACUUCAACUGCGGACGUCAGUGCAGAUGCGCUCAUGGUUGGGCACAGUCACCAAGUUUGCUCAUUGGAUGUUUGCGCCGAAGCGAACUACUUCGUGAGCGGAAGCUGGGACAGCACAGCAAAAGUAUGGGAAAUAGGCAGGUGGGAAGCUGCAUUCGAUCUACCGGGUCACACGGCGACGGUCUGGUCUGUACUGGCCUACGACCGGGAGACAAUCAUCACAGGAUGUGCCGAUCGUGCCAUCCGAAUAUUUGACGUUCGCGGCAAGAUGCUAGUCUCGUGGGAUGGGAAAGAUAUUGUCCGAGCCCUUGCAAAGCUAGCCAAGGGACACUCUACAGGAGCCGAGAUAGCCUCAGCAUCCAACGACGGUGUCAUUCGGUUAUGGACUCUGAAAGGGGACCUUGUCGCCGAACUGUUUGGCCACGAGGCCUUCAUUUACUCUCUGGCUGUCCUGCCUUCUGGGGAGAUUGUCAGUUCCGGAGAGGAUAGAUCGGUUCGGAUAUGGCAGGGAACGAAUUGUGUUCAGGCCAUCACACUUCCUGCCAUCUCAGUCUGGGCUGUGUCUACCUCUCCUAACGGUGAUAUCAUUGUGGGAUCUAGCGACAAGCUGGCUCGAAUAUUUACACGUGACCCAGAAAGAAUGGCUGAUGCGGAAACUCUGAAAGAAUUUGAAGAAUCGCUGCAAGCUUCGAGCGUACCACAACAGCAAAUGGGACAAAUUAACAUGACGGACCUACCAGGUCCCGACUUCUUACAACGAAAAGCCGGCACGAAAGAGGGUCAAAGUCAGAUCGUCAAGGAGGAGGACGGUAGCGCUUCUCUAUAUCAAUGGUCAAUGUCCCAACAAACAUGGGUCAAGAUUGGACAGGUCGUGGACUCGACUGGUUCAAGUGGGAACAAGACGGCCUACCAGGGAAAGGAGUACGACUACGUAUUUGACAUCGAUAUCGAAGACGGCAAGCCUCCUCUCAAGCUGCCUUACAAUGUUACUCAGAAUCCUUACGAAGCCGCCACCAAAUUCCUUCAAGAUAACGAAUUGCCCCUGUCGUAUCUGGAAGAAACGGCCAACUUUAUCAUCAAGAACACUCAGGGUGCCACGCUCGGACAAUCCCAGCCUGCUGGUGCAGAUCCUUGGGGUACCGAAAACAGAUACAGACCGGGCGAAGUUUCAGGCUAUCAACCACCCCCGGCUCCUGCCAAGCAGAUUCUACCGCAGAAAGAGUAUCUGCCUGUUGUCAUUGGAAAGCCAGGUGCAGCAAUGGCACAGAUCUCCAAGAAGAACGCUGACUACAAUGGAAGCGACAUGAGCUUGUCAGAGUCGGACAUUGAGAUAUUGACGAUUGUGGCACAGCAAUUGGAGAAGUACAACUUCCAAGGCAGACCGUCCCUGGCCUCAUCAGAGCUCGAAUCAGCGGCGUCAGUGCUCUUGAAGGUUGCAACUCAGUGGCAACCGCCUGCGAAUCGGUUAGCUGGGCUUGACCUUCUACGCUUCAUCGCUGCUGCCGCAAAGGAAUUCCCGGCUGCAAGUGCCGCUGGUCUUGAUGCAGUGGCCUUGAUUCUGUCAAGCGGUAUCUUCGAUGCUGACUUCCUACGCACAUACAACAAGCUGGCUAUGGUCGCCAUGCGUUUCUUCUCCAAUCUGCUCUAUGGCUCGCCGUCCGGACGAGAAUUGGUCAAAGAACACCUUGAAAGCAUUAUUGAGACUCUCAAGCCAAUGUCGACCAUUGUGACUACCGAUGUUUCUGUUGCUGUGGCACUCACGACCCUGUAUCUCAACGUGGCUGUUCUCAUCACUAGCGAUAAGACCGGCAAUGCAGAUGUCAAUGCGAACUAUGGUCUCUCUCUGGUGGAAGAGUUGACGAAAAUCUUGAACGCUUUCCCAGCCGUCAAUCAUACUGUGACUGCGAGCCCUUCGGCACAAUCGACAGAACCAGCCUACCGGACAAUCGUGGCGCUGGGUACUGUGCUUGUCGGGCUCAAGCAGGCGGAUCUGACCUCUGCGGCGAAGGAUAUCUUUGACGUUCCCAGUGCUCUCUCGCAGCUGCGGGCCAAGAAGUAUAUGGCCGAGCCAAGAUUCAAGACGGUGGUGGGAGAGAUCCAAGCUGUUCUGGGCUGACACUAGGUGAUCGGACAUUUCAACAAUUCACGACGAGCUGGCCAGUGUUGAUACGUCUUUGAGAAUUUGUUCAACAAGCAAAAGUUGAAACUGCAUAGCAGGGGCGCAUUAGACUGCAACGAGAUCAUGAGGCCCAGGCCAAGUAUUGGCUGUCUACCAAGUAUCAAUAGGUGGCUUCAGCUGCUUGUGGACAGAAAUGUGAAUAGACCAUCUCUUCAAA